CAUGAGGGCUGGAGCAGAGAUGUGAGGGCUGGAGCAGAGAUGAUUCUGCGCCUUGGGAGCUGUCUAUGGUGCUGAUGAGCUCCGCUGCUGAACAGCACUUUCCACUCUCUCUCUGCACAGGAGCAGCAGCAGCAGCAGGUAGACAACUGGGAAGAAGACAAAGCAGAAACAGUUGACUUCUACUGGAUCUCACUGCUGUCUCUUGAUUUGGAAGCUGCACUUCACGCCUUCUACUUGAUAUUUCUUCUCUCUAUCCAGACAACACUGAAGCUUCCGGCACUGUCCUACUUAAUCUGCCUGAUUGACUCGUAUCUGCCUGCUGGAAUAAGAAAAAGUUUUGGGGUAGAUUAAGGUAGAAUUUCUGUGCAAAAGGAAAAGUUAACCAGAGAUACUUUUGGGGCUGAAUUGAGGAACUGCCUUUUCAUCCCAACGCAGGGGCACGUGGAUUUGACUCUUAGACAGUUCUCUAGAAAAGAAUCGAUUAUUGGGCAGACAUGGAAAACCAGACAUUGUCCAUAGGAAUGCCGCCCGUCAAUGCCACGGGGAUGAAUGAAACCAUUGGGAAUAUGCCCCAGAAUGCCCUAGAGGUGCAAGUGGUUACAAUAUCCCUUGUCCUGUUGAUCUGCGGAGUGGGAAUUGCCGGCAAUAUCAUGGUGGUUUUGGUGGUCUUGAGAACCAAACAUAUGAUGACCCCCACCAACUGUUACCUAGUGAGCUUGGCCAUUGCUGAUCUGAUAGUCCUCCUGGCUGCCGGGCUUCCCAACAUUUCCGAAGUGGUGGCUUCUUGGGUGUAUGGCUAUGUGGGCUGCCUCUGCAUAACUUAUCUGCAGUAUCUGGGCAUCAACAUUUCGGCUUGCUCCAUCACAGCCUUCACCGUGGAGAGGUACAUCGCCAUCUGUCACUCCAUCAAAGCCCAAUUUAUCUGCACCGUGUCCAGAGCCAAGAAGAUCAUCGCCUUCGUGUGGGUCUUCACCUCCAUGUACUGCGUCAUGUGGUUCUUUCUGGUGGACAUCACCGAAGUCAAGUUUGCCGACGGCGUCCAAGUUAACUGCGGCUACCGAGUCUCCAGAAACCUCUACACCCCCAUUUACUUCUUGGAUUUCACCAUUUUCUACGUGAUACCUCUGGUGCUGGCCACGGUUCUGUAUGGUCUCAUAGCCAGGAUAUUGUUCAUGAAUCCCUUACCUUCUAACCCUCAGGAUCUGAACAAAAUGAGCUCCAAACAUUAUGGGAAGCCCUAUAACUCCAUUAAACUUUCUGGUAAAGGCAAUAAGAACACCGGCAACUCCAGGAAACAAGUGACCAAGAUGCUAGCAGUUGUAGUGAUCCUCUUUGCUCUCCUGUGGAUGCCAUACCGCACUCUGGUGGUUGUGAACUCCUUUAUGGACCCUCCAUACCUCAACGUCUGGUUCGUAUUGUUCUGCAGACUGUGCAUCUACCUUAACAGCGCCAUCAAUCCCAUCAUCUACAACCUGAUGUCCCAAAAGUUCAGAGCUGCCUUCAAAAACCUGUGCAAGUGCGAGCAGAAGAGGACAGAGAAGGCAGCGAAGUACAACGUUCCCGUGUAUUACAGCGUCAUCAAGGACAGUUCCCACGAGAGUCCCGAUCAUGAUGUCACGGUUCAGGAGGAUCUCAACGGCUUUCCACAAAAAUGUGUCAAUACCACGACAACAUACAGUGUGGCAUAGUAGCACCCAUAAUUAUAUAUAUUUAUGUAUACUUUGUUAUGGAUUCAAUGAAAUUGCAAAGAGCAGAUGGUUUUAAUCUGAUCAGUCCGGACAGCUGGAGUGUAGAAGCUUUCC